GCGGGUAAACAGACAUGGCCGGCGAGGGAGACCCUCCGGACGCGGCGCGCAACAUGGGCAACCACCUGCCGCUCCUGCCUGCAGAGAGUGAGGAGGAAGAUGAAAUUGAAAUGGAAGUUGAAGACCAGGAUAGCAAAGAAGCCAAAAAACCAAAUGUCAUAAAUUUUGACACCAGUCUGCCAACAUCACAUACAUAUCUUGGCGCUGAUAUGGAAGAAUUUCAUGGCAGGACUUUGCAUGAUGAUGACAGCUGUCAGGUGAUUCCAGUUCUGCCACAGGUGAUGAUGAUCCUGAUUCCCGGGCAGACGUUACCCCUUCAGCUUUUUCGCCCUCAAGAAGUCAGUAUGGUGCGGAAUUUAAUUCAGAAAGAUAGAACCUUUGCAGUUCUUGCAUACAGUAAUAUACAGGAAAGGGAAGCGCAGUUUGGAACAACAGCAGAGAUAUAUGCCUAUCGAGAGGAACAGGAUUUUGGAAUUGAGAUAGUGAAAGUGAAAGCAAUUGGAAGACAAAGGUUCAAAGUCCUUGAGCUAAGAACCCAGUCAGAUGGAAUCCAGCAGGCUAAAGUGCAAAUUCUUCCUGAAUGUGUGUUGCCUUCAACCAUGUCUGCAGUUCAGUUAGAAUCCCUCAAUAAGUGCCAGAUAUUUCCUUCAAAACCUGUCUCAUGGGAAGACCGGUAUUCAUGUAAGUGGUGGCAGAAAUACCAGAAGAGAAAGUUUCAUUGUGCAAAUCUGACUUCAUGGCCUCGCUGGCUGUAUUCCUUAUAUGAUGCUGAAACCUUAAUGGACAGAAUCAAGAAACAGCUACGUGAAUGGGAUGAAAAUCUAAAAGAUGAUUCUCUUCCUUCAAAUCCAAUAGAUUUUUCUUACAGAGUAGCUGCUUGUCUUCCUAUUGAUGACGUAUUAAGAAUUCAGCUCCUCAAAAUUGGUAGUGCUAUCCAACGCCUUCGCUGUGAAUUAGACAUUAUGAAUAAAUGUACUUCCCUUUGCUGUAAACAAUGUCAAGAAAUAGAAAUAACAACCAAAAAUGAAAUAUUCAGUUUAUCCUUGUGUGGGCCAAUGGCAGCUUACGUGAAUCCUCAUGGAUAUGUGCAUGAGACGCUUACUGUGUAUAAGGCUUGCAACCUGAAUCUGAUAGGACGACCUUCUACAGAGCACAGCUGGUUUCCUGGGUAUGCCUGGACUGUUGCCCAGUGUAAGAUCUGUGCAAGCCAUAUUGGAUGGAAAUUUACAGCCACCAAAAAAGACAUGUCACCUCAAAAAUUUUGGGGUUUAACUCGAUCUGCUCUGUUGCCUACGAUUCCAGACACUGAAGAUGAAAUAAGCCCAGACAAAGUAAUACUUUGCUUGUAAAUAGAUAGGGUAGGGAUAAAGUUAUCUAACAAAGUUAUGCCCCUGAUACGUACUUAAGUAAACAGCAACAUUACAUGGAGGGUUGCAGUUUCUUAGUCAAGCUAUAGUUGAAGAUUUAAGUUAAUCUUUGGAAGUAAUGAGAUUGUUUCCUGUGCAGAACGUAUUUUAAAUUCCCAUAAUGUGAAAUUGAUUAUUUGAUCCUGGGACAGCAUAUUUGCACUAGUGCUCCAAAUAUUGAACGUUCUGAGAGCUCAGGUGCCAAGUACGGUACAUGUUCUUUUAAGAGGCAAGACAAUGUAUAUUAUUCUAAAAGGGCUUUGUUCCUUUCAAUUUUCUUUAGCUUCUCUGAGUAUUGAUUUGUAAAUUUUGAAAAUAUUAAAGAGCCCAAAAAUAAGGUUUUCAUUUCCUUUAUCUGUUAGUGAAUAACAGUAUUUUGUGUAUUUGUUUAGUAUUUGUUUGAACUACAACCCCAGUUAUUCUGUUCCAUACAAAAGCUAUAUUUCGAAGCUUAAGUUUAAUUUGAACCUCAUCAAUUACUGUGGGGCAGAAAUGCCAAAACAUGGCUCUUUCAUAGAGACUAGAAAUGAUACUUUAUUUUGUGGGCCAUUCAGUUCAAUGUAAAUUGAAGAAAAUUUGUAAGUAAAUAAGAGCAAAACUAAAUUAUACAUGUUCUUUGUUUAAAUUAUGUAAAAUAUCUACUCAAGCAAAUAAUUUAGGUGUAAGAAAUAAGAUCAAGUUCUAGAUAGACUGCAUUGCCACCUACCUCUUUGCUUAUGUAUUCAAGGGUUUAGUGCGUCCUUUCACAUUUGUGUAAUUAACUUUGAUUUUAUAUAUAGUCCUUCACUACUUUACAUAACUUAUGCAAGAAAAGCUAACCUAUAGGAUGAGGCCAGAAACAGACUGUUAAAAUUUCUUUUGUUUUUUUUAAACCAAACAUGGAAUGGUUUUGAUUGCCUUGACUGGAAUCAUCUAUUGAAUAUUAUGAAAACAGAAUAAAUGAAAAACAACUUAAGAAUGCUGUUGUUUAGGAUCUGCCCCUGCCUUAUUCAGUAUUUUCAAGGAAGGGUAGUUAUGAAGUGUGCUGUAUACAAUGUCAUUUUUUUUUUUCUAAACUCCACUUUCUUACUAAUAAUCUUGGGUUUGUAAGACUUCACUGGUUGUUCAUAUGUUUUACAUUGCACUAAAACUUACUCUACUAACUGGAUUCCAGGGAGUUCUUUUCAGUAGCAUAGUGCCUCUCUUUAGAUUGAAAUUUAAACCAGCUGCAGUGAGGAAGCAUUGCUUUUACCUUUGCCCCCGAAAGACGUUAUCUCAGAAUUUUUACGUUGUUUACUAAUACUUGCAAAUAAAUCUUCUGAUAUGUAAAAACAUGCAUAUAAUACUAUUUAAAAGGUUUUUUACACAGGACAAAGCCAGACUGUGGAAACUCCUUACAUGGGAUAGUAGGAAUUCUGUGAUGUUGGGUCCAAAUAUGUAUUUUAGUAGUAUUUAAUAUUUCAAUAUAUUAUUUUAUAACGCAUUCAAUUACUGACCCGGGUGUAGUUUUUUCUGAGGCUCCCUCUCUUGGAACAUAAUCCCAGUUACACUGUUUGUCACACUUCCUUUUAGUUGGGUUUCAAUAGAAAUAUUAUGCUCUGCAAACUUGUUUUAUCAAGUCCAAAACUGCUUUUUGCCCACAGAGUACAAAUGUUUGAAUAUAGCAGCUGAAAUAAACAAUACUUUGUGCUCUGUAUCUGUUUACCAAAUGAAAUCAUUCAGGGCUCAAUCUUUAAAGAGAAAAUAUAUAGUAAUGUAAGCCUUAUCUUUUAAUUAAUA